GGAAAGAGGCAAUCACGAUACCGGAGGGGGAAAUGUGAAAGAUCUAAAUGGUCAGAAUAUGUGUUUACUUGCAAACAGCAGGUCAGGUUAAACAAGUGUAGACAUUCCUUCGCAGUACAUGUUGAUUCUUUCACAUUCUGGCAAUACAGCUCUUCGUUAGGAACUGGAGGGGUGGUCAGUGAACACCAGGCUGAAUUGCGUUGCCUAACACGCCAACAAACCAGCGCACUUGCAACAGGAACAGACAAAACCCCGAGACCUCAGCGCCGUUCCCUCAUCUACAAGAUGCGCCUUUAUUUGUUGGCGGUGUUUUUCUCUUGCUCCUGUGCACGGGGCGGUUGCGAGCCGAAGAUAGUAAAUAUCGGUGCUGUCCUGAGUCAGAAGAGGUACGAGCAGGUGUUCAAGGACGCGGUCUCCCAAGCCAACCAGCUCUACGGAAAAGAUAAGUUCAAGAUGAACGCCAUCUCUGUCACCCACAAACCCAACGCAAUUCAGAUGGCACUUUCCGUCUGUGAAGACCUCAUCUCCAACCAGGUGUAUGCGAUCCUCGUAAGCCAUCCACCGCAGUCCAACGACCACCUGACCCCCACGCCUGUGUCUUACACUGCCGGCUUCUACCGCAUCCCAGUGAUGGGGCUCACAACUCGAAUGUCCAUUUAUUCCGACAAGAGCAUCCACCUCUCCUUCCUGCGCACGGUGCCUCCCUACUCCCACCAAGCCAACGUGUGGUUCGACCUGAUGCGCGAGUUCCGCUGGAGCCACAUCAUCCUGAUCGUGAGCGAUGACCACGAGGGCCGCGCCGCCCAGAAGAGGCUGGAGACGCUGCUGGAAGAGAGGGAAACCAAGGCAGAGAAAGUCCUACUCUUCAGCCAAGACACAAACAUCACUGCAAUGCUGAAGGAGGCCAAGGAUCUGGAAGCCAGGGUCUUCAUCCUCUCCGCCAGUGAGGAAGACGCGGCAGCUGUGUACAAGGCUGCCCGGCAGCUUAACAUGACUGGCUCUGGCUAUGUCUGGAUGGUGGGAGAGCGAGAGAUGUCCGGAAAGGCCCUGAGUGAAGCGCCAGAUGGUCUGAUUGGCCUCCAGUUGAUCAAUGGCAAGAAUGAGUCGGCACACAUAAACGAUGCUGUGGCCGUGGUAGCCCAAUCCAUCCAGGAGCUCUUUGAGAAAGAGAACAUCACAGAGCCGCCACGAGGCUGCGUGGGCAACACCAACAUCUGGAAGACAGGGCCGCUCUUCAAACGAGUGCUGAUGUCUUCCAAGUUUCCAGAGGGUUUGACAGGACGUGUGGAGUUUAAUGAUGAUGGGGACAGGAAAUUUGCACACUACAACAUUCUGAACUACCAGAAGAGCAGGCUCAUCCAAGUUGGCCUUUUCAAUGGCACCCAGGUUGUGUUAAACAAUCAGAAGAAAAUCAUCUGGCCUGGAGGAGAGACAGAGAAACCUAGAGGUUAUCAAAUGUCUACUCGACUUAAGAUAGUCACCAUUCACCAGGAACCUUUUGUGUAUGUUAAACCCACCCUGCACGAUGGGACCUGCAGGGAGGAAUACACUGUCAAUGGUGUCUUGAUAAAGAAAGUCAUCUGUACUGGACCCAAUGAAACUAUUCCAGGACGCCCAAUCGUGCCGCAGUGUUGCUAUGGUUUCUGCAUUGACCUACUAAUCAAGCUGGCAAUGACCUUGAACUUCACAUAUGAGGUGCAUUUGGUGGCUGAUGGUAAAUUUGGGACACAAGAGCGGGUAAAUAACAGCAACAAGAAAGAGUGGAACGGCAUGAUGGGAGAGCUUCUUGGGGGCCAAGCCGACAUGAUUGUGGCUCCGCUCACGAUAAACAACGAGCGUGCCCAGUACAUAGAGUUCUCCAAACCAUUCAAGUACCAAGGCCUCACAAUCCUGGUCAAGAAGGAAAUCCCCCGCAGCACCCUGGACUCGUUCAUGCAGCCUUUCCAGAGCACUCUGUGGCUGCUGGUGGGCCUCUCGGUGCACGUUGUGGCAGUCAUGCUCUACCUACUUGAUCGCUUCAGCCCGUUUGGAAGGUUCAAAGUCAACAGUGAGGAGGAGGAAGAAGAUGCCCUCACCUUAUCUUCAGCAAUGUGGUUCUCCUGGGGAGUGUUACUGAACUCUGGAAUUGGGGAGGGGGCACCACGCAGCUUCUCAGCCCGGAUCCUGGGCAUGGUUUGGGCCGGCUUUGCCAUGAUCAUCGUGGCAUCCUACACUGCCAACCUGGCUGCUUUCCUCGUGUUGGACCGGCCUGAAGAGCGCAUCACGGGCAUCAACGACCCAAGGCUGCGGAACCCGUCCGACAAGUUCAUCUACGCCACGGUGAAGCAGAGCUCGGUGGACAUCUACUUCAGGAGGCAGGUGGAGCUGAGCACCAUGUACCGGCACAUGGAGAAGCACAACUACGAGAGCGCAGCCGAGGCCAUCCAGGCCGUGCGGGACAACAAGCUCCACGCUUUCAUCUGGGACUCCGCUGUGCUGGAGUUUGAAGCCUCGCAGAAGUGUGACCUGGUGACCACAGGAGAGCUGUUCUUCCGCUCUGGCUUUGGCAUCGGCAUGCGGAAGGACAGCCCGUGGAAGCAGAACGUGUCUCUGGCCAUUCUCAGCUCUCAUGAAAAUGGCUUCAUGGAGGACCUUGACAAAACCUGGGUGAGAUACCAGGAGUGUGACUCCAGGAGCAACGCCCCAGCUACCCUCACAUUUGAGAACAUGGCAGGCGUCUUCAUGCUGGUGGCUGGGGGCAUCGUGGCUGGCAUCUUCCUCAUCUUCAUCGAAAUCGCCUACAAGCGCCACAAAGACGCCCGGCGGAAACAGAUGCAGCUGGCCUUCGCGGCGGUGAAUGUCUGGAGGAAGAACCUGCAGGAUAGGAAAAGUGGUAGAGCAGAACCCGACCCCAAAAAGAAAGCCUCUUUUAGGUCCAUCAGUACCUCCCUGGCCUCCAGCAUCAACAGACGUAGGUCCUCCAAAGACACGCCCUACCCCACAGACAUCACGGGCCAACUGAACCUCUCAGAUCCGUCGGUCAGUACAGUGGUGUGAGAGGGGGCCGGGAGAAGCCCAACACACCCCCCCUCCCCCACAAUGCCCAAGCGCUGCUGAGCCAUCUGAACCCCUGAAAUGAACACGCAUCACCACGCCUGGGUCAGUCCAGAGUGAUGGCCCAUCUGGGCUGGGUGCACAAAGCGGCACGCCAGAGCACUGGCCACACCCACUGCCCCCCCCCCAGAAUGAAGCCCAACCCAGGAGAGCAACAGCCCAUAUACAUUCACUUCAACCUACUCCAGAUGUUAUAACUGUGUGUACAUUAAGUGUUAAACAUGUAUAUGACAUUUCUUUGUACGAAAUGGAUCAAGUUUGAUUAGAUCAAAUGAAUGAAGUACUCAUUUUGAUUUAAGAGAAAGCACUGCUCAUGACAGUAUAGCUACGUAAUUUAUUUGGAAAUUUGUGUUAUAUCUAUCAUUUAAUUUAUAUGUCUUACUACCUCCAUAUUUAAAUACAUUUUAUUUUAGAUAUUUAACCUAUUUGAUACACUAUAUAAGUAAUAUAUUUUGAGUGUGUCCCAUUUGCUAAUUUGAAAAGGUUUUAGUAAUGAGAUUUGUGCAAUAUGUAUGACAUCUCAAAUUAUAACGUUAAAAGGAGUGUGGAACAGAGUAAAUCCAUAGCUAUUAACUAUAUGAGCUCUGUUGAUACAGUAGCCUCCUCUUACCUAAUUUUAGGGCAUUUUUAUACAAUUUCCCUUUAUUCGGCUGCUUAGUGCAAUUUAGUGCCAUUUUAACAAAAUUAUUGCGUUUUGGAUUUAAUUACAAUAUAAUAAUUAUUGUUAUCAUGCCAUAUCCAAUGGUUUUUUAUGUAAGUUUGGCACAUAAUAUUUGCAUAAUACCUCUGGAUACAUAAGUUUGUUUCCAAAGGGGAUUUUACUAUAUAAUAUUUUAUAUACAUAUACGUUACCUACUGUUGUUUUAUUUUAGUACUUGGUUGUUGUAUUAAUACAAUUUGCUAUAUGUUAUUUCUCAUCUAUAUUGUUUUUCUGCAUAAUGAAAACUUUAUGAUUCCUUUUAUCUAGCCCCCAUAAAAGUACCACAAUUUUCCUUUAAUUAAUGAUUGUUUGCCGCUCACAUCAACCACAAAGCGCGAGAAAGUCUUAGUCAAAGUAGUUAAGGGCAACAAAUGAGUUUGAUGUCCAGUAUUUGUACUGUGCUGUAAUGUACAAAAAUUAGCUGGAUGAAAAACAAGCAAUUUGCUAAGCUGUGAAUCUAAGAAACUUUCACUGCCUAAUACAUCUUGUCCACAGACCUGACGCAGCAUCUUGACAGAGACAAGGUCCACUGUAAAAUGCUUUUGUUUCGUCUAGAUAUUAUGAAGGCUUUGCUAAUUCUUGUGACAAUAAAUACAUUGAUAUGAAUAUCUGUAAAUAUUAUUUGAAGUAGACAAUGUUUACAUGAUUACUUUUAUUCUGUGAGCUGGAACACAUUUAAAUAGGUAUGUCAGCUUCUACCAACACAUAGAUGUCAUAUUACAGUCAUUACACUUAAUAAUAGUGCUUAACCCUCCUACCCCUACGUUAGCAAGAAGGAUCAAUGAAUUAACUUGAGGGUUUUUUAUUACUAUGAAAUAACCAAAAUGUAAAUGUCUUACAUUUGUUACAGAAAUACUUGAAGUAUGAGUUUAAUUUCUGCAUUUCAUUUUGAACAGCAUUUCUGGAAUGAGGGGUACUGUGAAAGGAGAAGGUUAGGAUGAUUCCAAGGGCCCCUGAGUGACAGGGGCCCCAAAAAAUCUGGAACAUAAUUGGACUGGUCUGGGUUGGGUUCAAUAUGCUGUGAUUUCAUGGGAUGCUAAAUCUGCAGCUGCGUCUCUGUGUGGAAUGAAUGUUUUUAUUUGGCCAUUGUGGAUGAUUGUUGUAUUUCUGAAAAUUACAAGUGUAACCCGUAACAGGCCUCACAGAACAACUGACUGCUUGGUGUUUUGGGAACUGAAGUUAGCAUAUCAGAGGAGGUGAUAUACCUGAAACUUUAUUUAUAUAUUACUUUGGGAUGUAGCGAUAUUGCUAAAGUUCAGCUUGUUUGUUGUUAAAUAGUCUGUGCCAGCAAUGUGUUUUUAUACAUUUAACAUCUCAGUUUUAACAAUUAAAGUCAUAUUUGUGUGUAAAA